UUGAAGAUGUAUAUUUUUAUUAUCAUCAGUAAGCCAAACGAAUUAUAUCAAGUUACUUUCAUAAUUCAAUUAUUAUAUUAUAUGCCUAUCAUUAUAGAUCUCGAAGAAUUCAUUGCUGUAGAAGCAUUAAAGUUUGACUUCAAGACAAUAAGAAAUGCAACGGACUCUUUCUCCCAACGAAACAAACUAGGCCAAGGUGGAUUUGGUGGUGUUUACAAGGGAAAGCUUCAGAAUGGACAAGAAAUAGCGGUAAAAAGGCUGUCAACGAACUCAAGGCAAGGAAUUGAAGAGUUCAAGACAGAGGUUCUAUUUGUUGAAAAGCUCCAACACAAUAAUUUAGUCAAACUCUUAGGAUUUUGCUUACAUGGAGAAGAGAAGUUACUUGUCUAUGAACUCUUGGCUAAUGCAAGCCUUGACAAAGUCCUGAUAGAUCGAUAUAGAAAACCAACACUAGAUUGGGAGACUCGAUACAAGAUAUUACUAGGAACCGCAAGGGGACUCUUAUAUUUUCAUGAAGAUUCAAGAUUGAAAAUUAUCCACCGAGAUUUGAAAUUGAGCAACAUAUUGUUAGAUGAAUAUAUGAAUCCGAAGAUAGCAGAUUUUGGAUUGGCACGACUAGUUGCAAGGGAUCAGAUCCAGGCGGACACCAGUAAGAUUGCUGGCACAUACGGAUAUAUGGCUCCUGAGUAUGCGUUGACGGGGCGAUUCUCGAUUAUGUCUGACGUCUAUAGUUUUGGAGUAAUUGCUCUCGAGAUUGUAAGUGGCCAUAUGUGUAGCUCGACUACUUUCCCCUAUGAGGAUGAAAGUCUAUGCUUACGAGCCUGGAGGCUAUGGAGAGACGGUGCAAUUUUAGACUUGGUGGAUCCAAGACUUGAUGGAAACUUCUUAAGGGACGAAGUGACAAGAUGCGUACAUAUUGCUUUGCUUUGCAUCCAAGAAGACGCAAAUAAAAGGCCAACCAUGGUUCCAAUUGUCUCAGCUCUCAGUGGCCAUCAAGUGGUUCUCCCGGAACCAAAACCACCUCAAUCUGGUCCACCAACUACUAGCCACUAUGGUUCCUACCAAGACGGUCCAAAUUCGUCUCUGAAAUUUUCCAAAAAUAACGAUGAACUCACAGAGAUUCAUCCUCGAUAA